CGGAGAGGCGAGCGAGAGAGGACGUGUGUGGAUCAACUAAUAAUCUGACCAAACAAGUACUGUGUAGUGAGGUGACUCGUCCUCCCCAGCCCGAGGGAGAUGGAGGCCCGCCGGGGCGGAUUUAAGGGCAACCACAUGCAAGGUACCUCGCCUCUUUUUUUCUCAGUAAGCUAUUUAUCUGCUUCUCGUCAUCCCGCAUCGCGCCUCGCCCUCUGUCACCUCUCCCUCCCCCGCCUCAUCCGUGGCUGCGAGUUAUAGUGAACCGCCUCUGCGCCGGCUUCUCCUGCUUGACCUCGACGUCGGACCUGAAGCCAAGGCUCUGUUAGCAUGUUCACCAAGAAGUCCCCUCCAGCGCCGGCCGGGGACGGCGGCAUAGACGUCCACAGCGAUGGGGCCGGUGUCAAGGAGGGCGGAUCCCCAACCGGCAUGUACGCGGGGGACAGGGAGCCGGGCUACUCAGAAGACUACGACGAGCUCGGCGUCGCCUGCCCGCCACACACGACCGAGAGGAAGCUCAUGACCCGCGUCGACUUGCACCUCCUGCCCUUCAUCAGCAUCCUGUACCUGCUCGCCUUCCUGGACCGCGUCAACGUCGCCAACGCCAGGUCCUUCCACCUCGUCGAGGACCUGCGCCUGGGCGGCACCGAGUACAACACCAUCUUGGUCAUCUUCUUCGUCCCCUACGUCUUCUUCGAGAUCCCCUCCAACAUCCUGCUCAAGAAGCUCUCGCCCAGGGUCUGGCUGUCGCUGUGCGGGAUCGCCUUUGGCCUGGUGACUGUCUUCCAGGGCUUGACGAAGAACUACUCUGGCAUUCUUGCCACGAGGUUCUUCUUGGGCAUCUUUGAGUGUGGCAUGUUCCCUGGCUGCUUUUACCUGCUGGGAAUGUGGUAUAAGAGAAGUGAGGCCCAAAAGCGCUUCACAUUCUUCUUCGCCUCGACAAGUCUUGCCGGUGCGUUUGGCGGGCUGUUGGCGUCCGCGAUAGGGAAGAUGGAUGGGCUCAGAGGCUACCAUGGUUGGAGGUGGAUUUUUAUUAUUGAGGGCGCCAUCACCGUGCUCGUCUGCAUGACCUUCCUCUUCACAUUCCCAGCCUUCCCGGAACAGGCCAAAUGGCUCACGGAGCCGGAGCGCGAGUACGUCAAGGCGCGCCUGCGGGCGGAUCUGGGCCACAACGCCGCCGAGCGCAAGAUCACCAUCUCCGACGUCCUCACCGUGCUGCGGGACCCAAAGGUCAUCGUCGGGGGCUUCAUGUACUUCGGGCUGAUCGUCCCGGCCUACGGCUACGCCUACUUCGCGCCCUCCAUCAUCCAGGCCUACGGCUACAGCCCCAUCGAGACGCAGCUGCACAGCGUGCCGCCCUGGGCCGUGGCCUUCGGUUUUAGCAUGCUGGUCGCCUUCGCGUCCGACCUCGCCCGCCACCGCUUCCUCUUCACCGUCGUGCCCAUCUGCAUCGCCAUCAGCGGCUUCGCCGUCCUGCUGACCGUCCACGACCGCACCAGCGUCAAGUACGGCGCCCUCUUCCUGGUCGUCAUGGGCACCUACUCGGCCAUGCCCGUCAUCGUGUGCUGGUUCAACAUGAACCUGGGCGGCCACCACCGCCGCGCCAUCGGGUCCGCCUGGCAGAUCGGCUUCGGCAACAUCGGCGGCAUCAUCUCCACCUACGCCUUCCUCGCCAAGGACGCGCCCUUCUACAAGCCCGGCUACAGCAUCUGCAUCGGCUUCAUCUGCCUCAGCCUCGUGAGCUGCUGCGUCUACGCCGCGCUCAUCACGUGGGAGAACCGCAAGAGGGACAAGACCGUGCGCGCGAACCUGACUGAAUACGAGAAGACGGAGCUGGGUGAUUUGAACCCCGAGUUUAGGUAUAUGCUCUGAUGUAGUGUGUGUGGGGAAAUAUAUGCACCACUCGCCGCCAUGUCGCUUUCUUCUUAGUAUAACAAGACACGAGGCAUGUCUCUGGCAUCAUGCGCAUAUUACAUUUGAAAAGUAAAUACUAGCAUGAAUCAAAGAUCAAAACAG